AUGAGGUGUAUUACCUUUGGCAAGCCCUUGCCUGGAAACAUCGGAUUUGCGCAUCAUUGUAACAACAUCAUCAGAUGGUGCUCAAAUUUCAUAGCGAAGGGUGAUAAUAUCCAGGAGUGUUUCAAGGAGCAAGAAGGCAUAUCAGAAUUCUAUGAGGACACACAAUCAAUCAUAUACGAUAAUGACGAGGUCUUUGUUUGUCAAAGCAAUAGGGACUUGAUAGCACACGAUCCUGAAUAUUACUCGCGAUGCCAUAAGAAUCUUUACAGACGGAAGACACAACAACAAAUCCCAAAUCUUGAUGAGACAUCCGCAAGCCUUGCUAUCAGCCGAUUCUUCAGAAACCAUGUACUUAAGGGAUCUAUCCGAUUCCAAGUGUCAAGAGUGAACAGCACAAGGAUAAUAUCUGAGUGGAUGAACACCGCUCCAUUUGAAGAGGUGACAGCACGCUUGCGAGUGAAUUGGGUUAUAUUGCGCAUGAAGAAGAUGCUAGAAACAAUCAUAUACCUGACAACAAGAGCUAAGAUCAGAGCAAGGAUCCCUUCGGACACAAGAAAUGUUGAGAGACCAAAUGUGAGGGUAUUCUUAGCAGCGUUCAUGAUCAUUGCAAGGCCUGAGAGCUGUUUCGAGUGUAUUGGCAGGCUUGAGAGGACUGUUGAGGAUGCCGCCAAAAGACUUGUGAGCACCUUCAAAGAUAUCUGCUCAAGGGUUGAGGAUUCGAAAUCAAGGCCUGUUACUCUGUAUGAUUGGCAUUCAUGGAUAUGCUUUCUGAAACAGCUUGAUGAGUAUCUUGAUGCCUUCAAGGCAUGGAAGAUCCCCGAUGAAAACAAGCUUACGGAGCGCAUCAAGCAUGCUCUUCUUGCUGUCUAUCGUGCUGAAUCACACCUUCACCCUGAUAAUGAGGAGUAUGAUUCUAUGAAGGCCGAAUUUGAAUCACAGAAGGUUAAACUCAGAGCAAAGAUGCUCCAGAUGGCAGGGCCACAGGGAUUGGAGAGCUUCGAUGAAUCACUUGUUCUACAAGGAUUGAGCUCUAUUAAUGUUGAUACCCCUCCUUCAGUGCCAGCACCUGAAUCAUCCUCCAUGAAUGCGUCUGGAUUGUCUUCCCUCCCUGGCAGGAUGACAAAUGAACAGUUGGCACAUGAACUCCUUCUAGAUCCAACCUUCACGCUUGAUGUUGAGGGAGCGGGAUACAUUGAAAAUCCUGUGCUCGCAAAGGUGCGAGAGAGCUUCAAGGUGGCCUUUUGGGAUAGCCUUGUGGAUGACCUUAGAUUGAGCCCACCUUGUUACAUCAGAGUGCUAAGGGUCAUAGGAGAGGUUAGAGAUGGCAUGAUAGAUCUUACACCUGGCCGGAGCAAAGAACUAAAGGAGAAGAUUGACACAUUGUAUUGGCAGGAACAGAUCGAGUCCGGAACCAUUGAUUGGGAGUCAUGUAUAUCCUUGAUCAGGGGCAUGUUGGGAAUCGCAAUGGAGAUCCAGGAACCAUUCAGGAAGAAAGAGACACAGGACAGGUGGAAUGAACUUGAGCAGGAACUGAGAGCUAGCACCCCUCAAGACCAACCUAUGUCUUUCUGCAAGGCAUUGGAGUACGUGCUGUCACGCGUGAAUGUCAUGAGAGUGGACGCAGCAAACACAAGGUUGCGGAGCAUUGCUCAUGUAAUACAAAACCAUGGCAUAGAAUAUGAACAAGCGCACAUGAACAAGAAGCUGAAGGCGAACCCAACCUAUCUAAAGCGGACACCUGAAUGGAUUCAUGAGGUCAUACAGAAGGAGAUUGAGAGGGGAAGGACAGAUCUUGCGAGGCUUGUGCGAGGAGAGGCGAAGGCAUAUGUCGAUAUCCAUACUGCCUCUGUGUUGAGCCUCAUCACAGGGAAUGAGCCAGUUAAGACGAAGGACUGUCCCGAGACAUUGUUGCUGGACCUUAGCAGGUUGCACAAGUUCCAUGCUGACUUUCAUUUUGAUGUGCUGUCUGCGUGCAUGCUUGCGAUGGCAUCACAACGGAUGCUCAUGGCCAUGAAGAACGAUGUGAGAGUUCCAAGGUUCUUAGAGCACCUGAAGGCAGUAUUGAACAGAUUUGAGGCAUCACUUGUUGAGAAGAAGGAAUUUGUAAGGUCUGUUGUAUCAACCUUUGAAUCUGAGCUAUCUGUGGAUGAAAGAGAGCUUGUUGUGUGUUGCUUGCCUUCAUCAAGCAAGCCAAUGGCAUAUUCGAGCGAGAUGCUGGAGAGGCUCAUCGAGGUUCCUCAGAUGGUAUUAGAGAAGAGCUUCCUUCCUAUUGAGGAGCAGUGGUUGCGUUUGAUAUCUGAGAACGGGAUCAAGACUGAGAACGAGAUUCCACAAUCACCAUUUGUAAGGAAUGUAUAUGAGCGCAUAUUAAGAAACACAAAGAAGAUGAGGAACAUGGUCAGUUUGAAUCGAAAGGUACACUUCGACAAAUACAAUAAUAUGAUAGCAUCAUACAGCCAACAACUCUGCCGAUCACAAAAGGAUGCUGACAAGGAACCACAAGAGGACUCUUCGAAGAAGCCUAGAGUAUGA